GGCAGAUGAGUUAUACUCAAAAUACGAGUGUAGGAAAGAGGAGACAAAGUGAAAGAAUCUCUUCAUCUCUCCUCUCUGUGUCUCUGUCCUCCCAGAAUACAUCAGACAUGCCAGAAACCAUCACCAGUCGAGACGCGGCGAGGUUUCCCAUCAUCGCCAGCUGCACUCUGUUUGGGCUCUACCUCUUCUUCAAGGUGUUUUCUCAAGAGUACAUCAAUCUGCUGCUGUCGGUCUACUUCUUCGGCCUGGGCGUCCUGGCUCUGUCUCACACGAUGAGUCCGCUGAUGUCCAGAAUCUUUCCAGACUCUUUCCCAAACAAACAGUACCAGCUGCUCUUCACUCAGGGCUCCGGCGAGUCCAAAGAAGGUGAGGCCUGCUGCAAACCAAGUGCUGUUUGAUUUUUCACUGAUGAUUCGUGCAGUCCAGGCGGCGCUCUUUAGUUUGAGGACGGGUUCACCCACGUUACAAAAGAGGGUAUUUCCCCACAAACCUCUGCUGUCGUUAUUUCAGACGUUUUUGUCUUGUGACACCUUAAGAUGAAGUCAUUAAAUCUUCCUUUUCCUCUUUAAACAUCUUGUAACCCUUCAGAUUAAUU